CUAAACGGUAAUCUCAAAGGCGAGCCACCAAGAAUCUUUGAUUGCUUAAGGAUUUUCUUCAAAUUCAGGAUACAUACAUAUAUAUAGAUAAACUAGAUGGCUUUACGAAUUCAGAACUUGCUGAAGAAAAACUUUGAUGAACCACACUUUACUGUCAGUUGCCCAUCAUGGUGGAAUUCUAAUGAACAGCAAUUUUCACCAUCUUUAUCCAAGAACAUAAGCUUUAAAGUAGACUCUUCACCUCAACCUUAUCAUGAAGCAAAGCAGUUAGGACUUAAUCUUCCGGACCAGGAAUCGUCCUCAACUCUGUCAAUUGGUCAAUCUCACAAUGAAAUGAGUGCCAUGGGAGGGACCAAUUCACAAGAUCAAUGUAUUUCGUCUGAAUCUGAUGAAAGUUGUGGGAAGGGCGUGGAGGGCAAAAUGAGGCCGGUUCUCUUGCUGAGUACUCCAGAUGGUGUGUCCAAUCAUUCACAAGCUGAUUGUAGCUAUUCAGUGGUUCGUACUCCAUAUCCAUGUGCUGAUCCUUACUUUGGUGGGCUGUUUAAUCCUUAUGGACCACAUGCGUUCAUUCAGCCCCAGAUGGGUUCUCAUGUGGUGGGGAUGACUGCUGGACGAGUCCCACUGCCUCUUGAUCUUGCAGAUGAUGGACCCAUUUAUGUUAAUGCUAAACAGUACCAUGGAAUUCUGAGAAGGAGACAAUCACGGGCAAAACUUGAGGCUCAAAACAAACUUGUGAAAAAUCGAAAGCCAUACCUUCAUGAGUCUCGGCACAUUCAUGCCUUAAAUAGGGUUCGAGGAUCUGGUGGACGCUUUCUCAGCACAAAAAAGCUCCAACGAUCUGAUCCCAUGUCCUCUAAUGGCCAGUGUAAUGUACUAGAUACCAUCCACUUGCACCCAAAGAAUGAUGCAUCAGAACUUGAAAGCUGCCAAUCAAGAACUGGUCAAUCCAGUGCCUCAAAAACAACCCGCUCUGACACCACCAGCGUCUCCAACAGUGAUGUCAAUUUCAGGCAGCCAGAUCGCCGAUUCUCAGGUAUUGCUGCUCACCUGGGUGGAGGCGUGCAAAUCAAUGGUGGGCUUAUGAGCAGCGGAACCCAACACCAUGCUUCUGUUGUUCGGUGAAAAUGCGGAAUAAGAAGACCGUGUCACCGGUCCAGGCAAUUCAUCCUUGGCUCUGUCUCUUUACUUGGUACAAAAAGUGCAUGAAGGACACUGUUAUGUAUUCAAUUUCUCUGCACUUUGCUUUCUUUCUAUAUAUACAUCUCCGCGUGUCAGCAUGGUUUGAAAAGAGUUUGUCUUUGAAAUCUAUCCUUUGGUUGCACUGAUUGUUAAAUAUGGUAACUUUGCAAGUGUUUGCUCAUCAGAUUAUCAAAUAAAUAUCAGACUUGGGGUUGUA